CAUUAAUCUAAACUUACAGAUUUAUUAAAAUGAAUAGCCAGAAACAAACAAAAUAAACAUUGCAAAAACAUGGAAAAAGAGUAGUAAAAACCUGAACGUUGAAGUAGAGGAAGAUGACAGUUGAGCAAGGUGAUGAUGGAGGUGGAGGCGCUCAGGCAUCUUCCACUUAUCAUUCAUAUCCACCUCCAUUGGCUGCAUAUGAGGAUGUUGUUUGCUCUCGUGACCUUUUCAUGGAUUCUUUGAGGAAGCUCCAUAUUUCUAUGGGAACUAAGUUCAUGAUCCCAAUUGUAGGGGGCAGGGACUUGGACUUGCAUCGCCUCUUUGUAGAAGUUACUUCCCGUGGUGGCAUUGCAAAGAUUUUGAAGGAAAAGAAGUGGAAAGAAGUCACUGCAGUUUUCAACUUUCCAUCCUCAGCUACUAACGCUUCUUUCAUACUUCGCAAGUAUUAUGUUUCACUGCUUUAUCACUACGAACAGAUCUACUUCUUUAAGGCAAAAUGUUGGUCUCCUGCGCCUACUGAUGCUAUGCAAACUUUGCCUCCGAUCACACCUCCUCCCCUUGGAUUCCACGAGUAUGUGCCUUCAGUGUCACAACGAACGCAUGCUGCUGCUUCACCACUACUUAAAGCAAAAGCUGAAACAUUGAUUCCUCAAGUAUCAUUAACACCAUCAGCAGCUGGCUCUUCUGUCUGUGGCGUGAUUGAUGGCAAAUUCGAGAGUGGAUAUCUCAUCACCGUGAAAAUCGGAAUGGAGGAGUUCAAGGGAGUUCUCUAUCAAGUCCCAAACAGUGAGAAUCAAAUGCUUCAAACACACAUCAACAAUCCAUCACUAAAGUCAGGAGCUCCACGCCGCAAACGGAGGAAGAAAUCUGAGAUUAGAAAGAGGGAUCCCGCCCACCCGAAGCCCAACAGGAGCGGCUACAACUUCUUCUUCGCAGAGCAGCACGCUAGGCUCAAACCACACUACCAUGGCAAGGACAGAGAGAUAAGUAGGAUCAUCGGUGAAUCAUGGAAUAAACUGCAAGAACCUGAACGAGCGAUUUAUCAAGAAAAGGCGCUGAGAGACAAGGAGCGGUACAAGAUGGAGAUGGAAGUGUAUCGGGAGAGGCUAAGAACCGGGCAGAUCACGACAAGCGCAGCAGCAGCACCCUUGGGUCAUGCCCCCGCGCCCCAAGUGGCAUUCGCCCCCUCUGCCUCUGCAUGCAACGAGGUGAGUUCGGAUAAGAGCAACAUGGAAGGGUUUGAGAGCGGUGGGGACAAGGACUCGGAGGAGUGCUCACAGGCGGAAGCGCAGCUGAAGAAUGUGGACGUUGAGGUUGUGGCGGAUGGUGGUUUCGAUCUGGAGAGGAGGGUGGACGGGGAGGAGAAGAGCUCGGAUGAAGGCAAGAUGUUGUGUGAAGGUGGGAUAUCAGUUCCUGUUGAAGGGAUAGAACAGGAGGCACCUAGUUUUGGUAAUGAUGACUCAGUUGCAGGAUUAUAGAUUUUUUCUGCUGCAGGAGGGAAUUAGUUUCUCAGUAAAGCAGUUUGUUAUAUAUUUAUAUGGAAAAGUAGAACUUGUUUUCGGAAGUAGUAUUAUUGUUAAUGAUUUUAGUAGAUCAUUUUCUCCCUCUGGAUUUUGUUAUUGUUUCAUUGGUAUCUUUU